UCUUCGUGUUUUCAAUCUUCGUUUAUAUCGGUAAAAACACGUAAUCAUCAAUCACGAACAAAUGUUGUGCGUCAGUUCCACAAAUUGUAUGUUUUCGUAGUACAAUCAAUGAUAUGUCAAUAUUUCUGAGUGCAUAUAAAUUUUGAUAAAUUGUAAUUUGAGGUUAUAUUGUUACGAAUUACACAAUAUUGCAAUUAAUUAAAUAAUACGGCAAAAUGUCUGAAGAUGAAGUGGAAAGCUUCGAAGUUACUGAUUAUGAUUUGGAUAAUGAAUUUAACAUCGCUCGUCCCCGACGCAAACUAACGAAGAAACAACAAAUGCUAGGAAUAUGGGCAGAUGAUAGUGAUGAAGAUGAAUUAUCUGCCAGACCAUCUUUUAAAACUUUUAACAAGGGUCCUAAGAAUUAUACAGCACCAGUUAAUUUCGUCGCUGGUGGUAUCCAACAAGCAGGACAACCAAAAGAGAAGGAGGCUAAAGAGGAUGAAGAAGAUGAUGAAGAGACAAGAGAUUCUCAAACAAAACACAGUAGCUCGAGUUCAGAAGAUGAGAGAUCAAAUAAUUCAAAAUCACGUCCAUCCUUCUCUUUGAAUUUGGACAGCGACAUUGCAGGUCUACGUAAAAAGCGCCAUCAAGUGAAUCCCUUAUUGAUGAAAAGUGGAAUGGGUAGUUGGGAAGUACAUACAAAGGGCAUUGGUGCUAAAUUAUUGCUACAGAUGGGAUUUGAACCUGGUAAGGGCUUAGGUAAACAACUACAAGGAAUAAGUGCACCAGUAGAAGCACAUCUCAGAAAAGGAAGGGGUGCAAUAGGUGCAUAUGGUCCAGAAAAAACACCAAAAAUUCCUGAGAAAAAGAAAGAUGAUGAUGGAGAGGAAACAAAAGAAUCCAAAUCUAAAGUAUCUCAAUGGCGGAAGGGUGACAGCAACAAGAAAAAAAUCAGAUAUUGUUAUAGAAGUGUAGAUCAAGUUUUGGAAGAUGGAAAACUGAAACCUAAUAAAAAAUUUCCAGUAUCAAGCGAUAUGAGUAGAGUUAAAGUUAUUGAUAUGACAGGACCAGAACAAAGAAUUCUUAGUGGAUACCAUGCAAUAGCUGGUGGUCAGCAGUGUCCUGAUGAGACUGUAAUUACGUCUGAUAAGAAAUCUAAAGUGAACUUUGCCCUGCCUGAAUUGCAGCAUAAUUUAAAUUUACUUGUAGAUAUGUGCGAGCAAGAUAUUAUUCAAAAUGAUCGACGAAUGAGACAUUUAAAUGAUAGAGUAAUUGCUUUAGAAGCAGAAAAAAAGAAUUUAUCCAAAGUUAUGGAUCAACAUAGUCAACUUAUUGAUACUUUGGAAAAUGUACUUGUUAUUGUAGAUAAAUUAAUGAAUGAAACAAACGAAUUGUCAUUGCAAGAAACUGCAGAGGCUUUCAAAAAUUUACAAAACAAUUAUUAUGAAGAGUACAAGAUGUACGAACUUGGUGAAUUAGCUAGUAGUUUCGUGGCGCCGAAAAUAAAGGAUUGUUUGCUUAAUUGGAAUCCAUUAAUACAACCAAAACAACCCAUUAAAUUAUUUGAACAAUGGAAGGAUAUCUUGGAAAAUGGAAUUACGACAUUACAGACACGGACUAUGCAGUCAUAUGAUCAACUAGUAUGGAAUGCAUGGAUGCCAUCAGUUAGAGGAGCCAUACAACAGUGGACAUGUAGACUGCCUGAACCUUUAAUUGAAUUAAUAGAAUACUGGAUGCCAUUAUUACCCAAUUGGAUUUUAGAAAAUAUAUUAGACUUACUAGUGUUACCAAAAUUAACAUUAGAAGUUGAAGAAUGGAAUCCUCUUACUGAUACUGUACCUAUUCAUACAUGGAUUCAUCCUUGGUUGCCAUUAUUACGAAAUCGUUUAGAUACUUUGAUUUAUCCAAUAAUACGUAGAAAACUCGGAUCUGCAUUAGGAGGUUGGCAUCCAUCAGAUAGAUCCGCUAGAUUAAUGUUGCAACCAUGGGCAGAAGUAUUUGCUAAAGGAGAUAUGGAAGCAUUUUUAGUCAAAAAUAUUAUUCCAAAAUUGCAAAUAGCCUUAUCCGAGUUUGUUAUAAAUCCACAUCAACAGCACUUAGAUCAAUGGAAUUGGGUGUAUGAAUGGAAGGAAUUAAUACCUGUUCAUAUAAUGGCAGGAUUACUUGACAAAUUCUUUUUCCCAAAAUGGCUACAAGUUUUAGCACUUUGGCUCAAUCAUUCGCCUAAUUAUGAUCAAGUAACAACUUGGUACAUGGGUUGGAAAGGGAUGUUAAAUGAUAAGUUACUAGCGGAACCAGUAAUAAAAGAGCAUUUUAAGAAAGCAUUGGACAUGAUGAAUAGGGCUGUCAGUGGGCCACAAACUCAUCAACCUGGCGCAAUAGAACAAGUUUCAUAUUUAACAAGCUUAGAAAGAACUCAGCCAACAAUAUCACAGGUGGCACCGAUUGCACAGCCGAGAAUGGAGAGACUCGCAGAGGCAGUACGAACAGCUUCACAAAUACCGCAGGGUUUCAAGGAUUUCGUACAAAAGAAGUGUGAAGAGAGAGGUAUAUUAUUUAUGCCGAUUCCGAAUAGAUAUAAGGAGGCUAAGCAAGUGUACAAAGUGGGUAAUGUUCAGGCUUACAUUGACAGCAAUGUCUUAUUUGUAUGUCAUAAUGGUACAAAUUGGAUGCCAACGCAUUUGAAUGCCUUGUUGGAUAUGUCUGAACUUUAAUAAUAUAUGGUUUAAUAACAUGAUUAAUAAUGAUAAUAAUGAUUGUUCAAUGCAUGUUUUAUAUUGUGUUUAUAUUGUAAAUACAUAUAUUUCUUCUAAAUAUUAUGAGAGAAAAAAGAGUUGAUUAAUUAUAUCAUUUAAUUUAAUUUUAUCAUUUUAUAUCAAUUCAUGAUGUAUAUUUAAAUCUAUGUAUUUAUGCUUAAGCAAUAUGUAUCAUUUUUGUCUUAUUAAAGUAUAAUAAAUCAAUAUAUUUUGA